UCUGCAUUUCAAUGCUCUUAUUGGAGAAAUACCGAAAGAGAUAGCUGAGCUGACUGAGCUAAGUGAUUUGUAUCUCAAUGUGAAUAAUUUGUCUGGGGAGAUUCCAUUUCAGAUUGGCAACAUGUCUAAUCUUCAAGAUUCUUGGUGGUUUAUUAUUUACGCUCAACAACAUUAUCAAAUUCACCUUCAUCAAUGGCUGAAGAAGAAAAGAAAAGUUCUUCCAUGUCUACCUGAAUGAUUAGUUGAAUAGAUGCCUAAUUAUUACUUGGACAGUCGUCCAUGGACUCCCUUUUGUUUUACUAUAUUUUAAUUUUAGACUUCAUUGUUGUUGCUUAACGUUGAGUCAAUCUUUUGAGCUAAGCGUUAUGGGAUCUGUGUUCUUGCACUACCAAAAAGGAAUGAUCUAUUGAGAGCUUCAUUUAAAAAGAAAUAUAUAUUUAUAGAUGUGUGUGUUCAUAGUUUAGCAGACCUGCUGUACAACAUUGUCAUUUUGAAGACUAUAACUGUAGACAAAUGGAAAAUUUUUUGAAACGAGCCUCAAUCUGGAUCUCUUUGUUUUCAGUUUUGCAGCUGUGUUACAAUAAGUUGACUGGGAGUUUACCAACACAACUGGGUUCUCUGAAGAAGCUUAACGUCCUUGCUCUACAAUAUAAUCAGUUAACUGGUGCAAUACCUGCAAGCUUGGGUGAUUUAGGAUUGUUAACAAGGCUGGAUUUGAGCUUUAAUGGUCUUUUUGGUUCAAUUCCAGUAAAAUUAGCUAAUGCUCCUAUGCUACAAGUUCUAGACAUUCGAAACAACAGCCUCUCUGGGGAUGUGCCUCCAGCUUUGAAGAGACUGAAUAGUGGAUUCCAGUAUGACAACAACCCUAAGUUAUGUGGAGUCGAGUUUCCUAACUUGGAAACAUGUGAUCAUCUAAACCCAGAUAGACCUGAGCCUUCCAAACCUAGUGGUGCAUUGCAAAAGGAUAUCCCAGAAUCUGCAAACUUACCUUCUAAUUGCAGCCAAAUUCACUGUUCAAAUUCAUCCAAAAGUCCACAGUAUGGUGUGAUAUUUAGUGUAAUUGGAGUUUUUAUUGUAUUAACUGUCACUGGACUUUUCACAUUCACAUGGUACCGUCGCCAGAAACAGAAAAUUGGAAGUGCAUUUGAUACUUCAGAUGGUCGGCUUAGUACUGACCAGGUCAAGGAAGUUUGUAGGAAGAAUGCCUCUCCACUCAUCAGCCUAGAGUAUUCCAAUGGGUGGGAUCCCUUGGCCGUGGGCCAGAGCAAAAGUGGACUCUCUCAGGAAUUUCUUGAGAGCUUCAUGUUCAAUUUAGAAGAGGUAGAACGAGCAACUCAGUGCUUCUCAGAGGUGAAUUUGUUGGGGAAGAGUAAUUUCUCAGCCACCUACAAGGGAAUCCUAAGAGAUGGGUCAAUUGUUGCUGUAAAGUGCAUCACCAAAAUGAGUUGUAAAUCUGAUGAAGCUGAUUUUUUGAAGGGUUUGAAGAAUUUGACCUCAUUGAAACAUGAAAAUCUGGUGAGAUUGAGAGGCUUUUGCUGCUCAAAAGGAAGGGGGGAGUGUUUUCUCAUUUACGAUUUUGUCCCAAAUGGAAACCUGUUGCAGUAUCUUGACAUAAAUGAGGGCAAUGGGAGGUUUCUUGAAUGGUCCGCCAGAAUAUCUAUCAUAAAAGGCAUUGCCAAAGGUAUUGGGUAUUUACAUGGUCAUAAAGGAAAUAAAUCUGCUCUAUUCCACCAGAACAUAUCAGCUGAGAAAGUGCUCAUUGACAGACGAUAUAAUCCGUUGCUCUCAGAUUCAGGCUUGCACAAACUGCUGGCAGAUGACAUUGUCUUCUCCAUGCUUAAAGCUAGUGCUGCCAUGGGAUACCUGGCCCCUGAGUACACAACUACUGGCCGUUUUACUGAAAAGAGUGAUGUCUAUGCAUUUGGCAUGAUUGUACUUCAACUCCUCAGUGGAAAACGUAUAGUCACCACAAUGACUCGCCAAGCAGUGGAAUCAUUCAGGGUCGAAGACUUUAUUGAUGCAAAUCUUGAAAGAAAGUUCUCAGAAUCAGAGGCAGCCAAACUCGGGAGAUUGGUGCUUCUUUGCACUCAUGAAUCUCCAAAUCAAAGGCCUACAAUGGAAUCUGUGUUGGAGGAACUACAUGAAAUUAUUGUCUCUCCUUAACUCAUAUUCAGAAUUACGGACAUUUUGCCUCAGUUUUCAACGUGCAAGAGGCUAGACUUGGAUCCCUCACUUCCGCACUAACCAGCUGAUGUUGAAAGCUCAAUUGCUAAUUGUUGCCCAACUUCGUUGUCUUUUCUUGAGGACUGAAUCUGUUGUAGACGUUGGGGUUGUUCGGCUUCGUUGUAAUUUGUUGGGAGUUGCAAUGAACUUUUAGUCAUUAGGUCGGGGGGCAGGUCUAAGUCUGUCAAGUGAUAUAUCUUUAGCUAAUGAACUGAAUUUAGGGAUGUAGUUAUGUUCAAAUUA